AUGAGUAUAGUGCAUAAUUCUACAGAUUUUUUUAACCCUUGGGAGACAUUAAUCGAUUGCAUGAUGGUCGAGAAGAAACAUCCGAAUGCUAGUAAAAUGCUUUGUGAGGCAUCAAAAGCUCUUGGGAGUUUAUUGGCUUAUGUAUUCCCAUUCGUUGGAACAUUGAGUUUAAUUACUAAUUCCAUUGUGGCCAUCAUAUUUCUCUACUCAGUUCCUCAGCAUAACAGACAAUUUAUGUUCCUUGGUACACUUGCUCUGUCAGAUAUUGGAAUCUGCAUUAUUGUUGGUUGGUUACGGUUGUUUCCGACUUAUGGUCUACCAUAUGCAUCUUUAGGAACUAUAUAUUAUUUCAUUUUGACAAGGUCAAGUAUAAGCUGCAAGUCUGUCACAUUUCUUCAAGCGUUUACCACCAGUCUUAGAGGUAAUGUUCUUUUGGUAAUGGCAAUUGACCGUUUUAUUUUAAUAUAUAAACCGCUAGUCUACAAAAAAUUAACUAAAUUUUCUACACGAAUUCUUAUGAUUGCGGUCCUCAUUAUAACAUUUCUAACGGCUUUACCUGUGGGACUCUUUAUUGACAUGACAUUGGUAUACCAGUUAUCUAUGUGUUGGUUUAUACUUUUCGAUGAUAUAAUUGUCGCUUAUCAAGUUUUGUUUACCAACACAUGUGUAGUACAACUGUCACUUGCUGCCUUACUUGAUGCAUUCUUUCUAAUGAAGUUGGUGAAGUGGUCACAAAAUAGUCAUCAUGUAUCAAGAAUGAAUCCUUCAGAGAAUAAACAAAUUUCCUCAACAGUUACACUGCUUGUUCUUCAAAUAUUUUCAUUUUUAUCUGCUUUACCCUGUGGAAUCGGUCUAUUACUCACAAUUUCAUUAGAUCCGACGAGUAAUGACCUCCCAGUGGGAUUUGUUCGUCUACUGCGUAUCAUUCUCAACAUAGGAUGGAUUUUAAUUUUUACUCAGUCAUCAUUAAAUAUCUUCUUAUAUUUUGCACGUAUCAAUAAGUUUCGUCACGUUAUCAUGAAAAUGUCUGCAAGUCAGCUUAACAGAAUAUCAGGAACAUCAACACAAUAUUCAGGUAGUUGA